AUGGCAAAACUUCAGCCUCUCGACCAAGGCAUUGUGAAAGCGUUUAGGGUUGGGUACAGACGACGACUGGUGCAGAGGCUCCUAAUCAACCUUCGAUUAGGAAUCGAACUCAAGGUGGACCUCCUCGGAGCCAUGCAAAUGCUGGCUGGUGCUUGGAACGACAUGAAGAAAAGCACAAUUGUGAACUGCUUCUGUAAAGCAGGCUUUGUGGUAGCUGCAGACGAUGGAUGUCUUGACAGUGAAGACGAUGACGCUGGAUGCCUGGACAGCGAAUUUCGCGAGCUCUCGGCAUUCCCAGGCGCCAUCCCAGGAGGUGUUACAGCUCGCGAUUUCGUCAGUGCUGACGACGGCAUGCAAGCUGUAGUGGAUCGCACUGAUGCGGAGAUUGUGGCUGACAUCAUGGGUGAUGAGGACGCAGACUCGAGCAGCGGCGAAGGUUCCAACGAAGAGGACCAACCAUCGUGCACUCCAGCUGAACUUGUGCGUACACGGUUCUUACCAUACACUAAAAAAACUGAUGAACUGUGCCUGAUUGUCUUCCCGUGCCCACGGGUGUUGUGCAAGUCGUUGCUCGAGUGCUACGCAAUGGCGAUUUUAUUGUUAUGCGCUGGCGACAUUGAAUCUAACCCUGGACCUAACACACGUACUGUCGCCUUAUCUGAACUGGAUGAUUUACCUGAUGAUUCCGCAGACCAAAUGAAGAUCAUGUUUAAACUGCUUAAGGACGUACACUCUCGUUCACUACAGUCUUCGAAGUGUCCAACCGAACUUGUUUCAGAUGUCAAAGCCAUUAAAAACGGACAGAAAAACAUACAAACUGAGCUAGCAGGUAUCAAGAAAAGGCUUGACGAUUUAGAAGAAAAAUCAAAAUCCCUAGACCGUUUCGACACUAACCUAACACGCAUGCAAGACAACGUAGAUAGCCUCGCUGCUCAGAACAGCUCCUUAUUAUCGCGUCUGGAUGAUCUGGAGGACAGGUCUCGUCGCGAUAAUUUAAUAUUUCAUGGCCUACCCGACUCGAAAGAAACCUGGCAACAGACAGAAGAAAAACUAACCUCAGUACUUAACGCUGCUCUUGGAUCUUUUCCCAGCAGUUCAAUUCAGCGAGCCCACCGGCUCGGCACUUACCAAGCUAACAAAUGUCGCCCGAUAAUUGCUAAAUUUACUAACUACAAAGCGAAAGAAUCGGUGCUUUCAUCACGCGCGCAGUUAAGAUCUAGUAACAUUGCAGUUAAUGAGGACUUUUCACCCGCAACUCGACUUGCCCGUAAAAAACUAAUUGAGUUUGCGAAAUCGCAACCAGACUCACCACAGUUUAAACUCAGCCACAAGAAACUGCUACUAAACAACAAAUGCUACAUGUACCAUUCUAACUCGAAUAGUAUUCAGGAGAUGCCAAGACGCAACUUCGGCCUAAACCAUGUUUCAGCUGCCUCGCAACAUGUUCCUACUUAG